GAGAGAGAGAGAGAGAGAGAGAGAGAGAUCAAGCGUCUCUUUUUAGUUCACUUCUUGUGGCAGUUCACCAUUUUUUGUUGCCUGUACAUGUAGAUGCCGCUGAGAGUGUAUGUGUGUGUGUGUGUGUGUAUGUGUGUGACAUGUCAGAGGAGGGAUUAUCAGUAGCCUAAUACAAACAUCAAAAUGGAUUUCCAGCACCGGGCCGCUCUGGAUAUCUCCACCAGAAACCCUCAGGAUGACUUUGAGAUCCUGCUGAGAGUCGGAGGAGGAACCUAUGGAGAAGUUUAUAAGGCACGUCACAAGCAGAAUGGAGAGCUGGCAGCCAUUAAGGUCAUCAAGAUGGAGCCGGAGGAUGAUUUUUCUAUCAUCCAGCAGGAAAUCAUCAUAGUGAAGAGCUGCAAACAUCCAAACAUAGUGGCGUAUUAUGGCAGCUACAUACGAGCCAAUAAAUUGUGGAUCUGUAUGGAGUUCUGUGGAGGAGGCUCACUCCAGGAUGUAUAUCAUGUGACUGGUCCUCUGUCUGAGUCACAGAUAGCCUACAUCUGCAGGGAGAUGCUACAGGGUCUGGACUACCUGCACGCACAGAAGAAAAUCCACAGAGACAUCAAGGGCGCCAACAUCCUCCUCAAUGACCAGGGAGAGGUCAAGCUCGCUGACUUUGGGAUCUCAGCUCAGAUCACAGCCACUCUGGCCCGGCGGAUGUCCUUCAUUGGGACGCCAUAUUGGAUGGCACCAGAGGUGGCAGCAGUGGAAAUUAAAGGCGGAUACAAUGAACUGUGUGAUAUCUGGUCUGUGGGCAUCACGGCUAUAGAGCUGGCAGAACUGCAACCUCCAAUGUUUGAUGUCCACCCGCUGCGGGUCCUGUUUCUCAUGUCCAAGAGUGGCUACCAGCCUCCUAAACUGAAGGACAAGUCAAAAUGGUCCUCCAUGUUUUAUAACUUUGUAAAGGCCAUGUUGGUGAGGAACCCGAAGAAGAGACCAAGCGCAGCCAAGAUGCUCUCACACAUGUUUCUGACCCAGCAGUCCCUGAACCAGGACCUGACCCUGGACCUGCUGGAGAAGUUCAGACACCCUGAGAAACUGAAGAGCAGCCUGGUGACAGACGAUGAAGAGAUGGAGGUGGUAGUGCCUGGAUCUUUAAGGAGGAUCCAGUCUAUCAACAAACACAACCGAGCAGAGAGGACCAACUCUGACAUAAGCUUGGAACAGAUCUAUACUCAGAGGCCUACGAAGAAACAAUCCCCGGACACCACGUUAAGGCCUUCAGUGGGAUCGCCCAGCAUUAACAUGAGUCCAAUGAGGGACCAGGACACAGAUUCAGAUGAUGACUACGACGAUGUGGAUAUCCCUACGAUACAAGCCACCAGUCUCAUCAUGUCCAAUAAUGAAACCCCACCUCCGCUUCCUCCAAAGCCCAAAGCACGGACCAGCUCAGAGGAAAGCAUGGCGGGGGAGGAUGACCGCUCGAGGAAACCCUGCUCGCUGUAUGCUCCCACUCCUCUCAUGAGGACCUCUAGUGGGACGCAUGUCCGACCGACACCCCAACCACGAUCCACACGACACUCAGACCCUCUGUCCCUACCUGUCCACAUGAAUGAGAACCCAGCAGACCUCCUUCCUCCUGAGCUCCCCCCUAAAGGCAUACGCAGACGGCAUCUCCCAUCGAAGGACCCCGCUGAGUGUGUCAGCCCCAUUAUGAAGAAACCUCCUGUCUACUUUAAAAAGAUCUUCCAUGGCUGUCCUCUGAAAAUAAACUGUUCCACAACCUGGGAAAACCCAGCUAACAAAGACCGGCAUCUGAUCCUGGGGGCAGAAGAAGGAAUCUACACCCUGAACCUCAACAGCUCAGAGACCACAAUGGAGCUGUUGUAUCCGGGGAAGUGUACCUGGCUCUACAUCAUUAAUAACGUCCUCAUGUCUAUAUCAGGUAAAUCAUCCCAGCUUCACUCCCAUUCACUGAAGGAGCUGUAUGAACAGGCUCGGAGAGACCAGAGGAUGGUUCCUUUGCCGACUCAUCGGCUGUUACCUAGGAAAUGUGCAGUGAGCUGUAAAAUACCUGACACCAAAGGCUGCAAGACCUGCUCAGUUGCAGAUAACUCACAGCGAGGCUGUGUGUUCCUGGUCUGUGCUCUGGAGUCCAGUGUGGUGCUGCUGCAGUGGUACGAGCCAAUGCACAAGUUCAUGCUCAUUAAGAAUUUCGACUUCCCCCUGCCCAACCCUUUGCGGGUGUUUCAAAUGGUGGUGGUGCCCCAGUAUGAGUACCCACUGGUGUGUAUUGGUGUCUCUCGGGGGUCCAACCCCAACAUACCAGUCAUUGUAGAUUACAUCAACCUCAACUCCAACACUUCCUGGUUUACCAACUCUGGCUUGGAGAAACCUUGUGCAGAUGUUGUUCAAGUAAACCAGUUGGACAGCAGCUCACUGCUCAUCCUCGUAGAAAGGUCAGUACAUAUAGUAGGCCUGGAGGGAGAGCAGAAGAGCAACAGGUCUAUGUCCUAUGAGACCACCUUCGCUCAUGAAGUGGAGUCUAUAGUGUAUUUGGAGGACACGCUGUUAGCAGUGUGGCGUCAUGGCUGGCAGAGGAAAAGACAAGGUUUCACUGAAGUGCUGGAGGAAACCACAGACGCAAGGAAGAUCUACAGACUGGUGCAGUCAGACAAGAUGGUCGUCUUGGAGACGCACCAGAUAGAGGACCAGGCGGGGCUGUCCAACCUGUAUGUCCUGGAAACUGCUGAGAGCUACGUCAUGCUGCCCUGACUCUCUCGUCUGCUAGUAUAUGACAUCAUGGGAAACUCCCAACACCACUUCUAAAUGAAUGCCUCUACCCAGGACUUGCAGCAUUCAAGGAGAACAGAAUGAACAAAUCUGUCAUCAACAUUUGGAUCUUCCAUCGUCUGUUAUGAUUUAACUGUGACGGGAACGGAUGCAUCACUGCCACAGUGUUUUAUUUUCUAAAUGGAAGACAGGAACUAUGUCAUAAGGAAGUGAUGACAGGAUGUUGCAAAGUCAAACCAACUCAAGAUGAUUGUAGUGUUCUUGCCUUUAAUCCCUUACACAGAGAGGGGAGCCUGCUCUUAUUUAUCCAAAUUUCACCUCGGUUUGUGAGAUCCAGAACAAUCUCCUGAAUCCAGACAUCUGAGAAAACCCUAAAUGAAUAGUGAAGGAAGGUCCUCCUCUAACACUAAAGAGGAGUAUCUACUUUCUUCUGCCACAGCAUUGUUGAUACAAGCAGCAGCUUCCUAAAGACACUUCAUAUAAAGCAUAAAGGACUGGAGCAGAGCAGCACUGCUGUUGCUCAUACUGUGUGUUUUGUGUUUUUAUAACCUGAGUUUGUAUGUCAGUGUUGGAUCGAAGAUACACACUUGCCACUGCCGCUAC